AUGGAACGCGAGAUUGCAGAUUUGGAACGAAGGAACACUUGGACAAUGAUCCCACGUUCUGACGUCCCUUCUGGUGAGCCAGUGGCCCCCGGCCGCUGGGUUUAUGUCGAAAAAGAUCGCCCCCAGGAUCCCAACGCGGAUCCUGAUGCAGCGAAGCGAGGUUGGACCUUGCGCCAGGUCGAUAUAGUGAUGGCCUACCUACACGGCCGACUUGGUAAAACGAUUUAUAUGCGGCAACCUACCGGAUUUGAGGUGGGGACUCCACACGCGAUGGUUUGCGCUGUCGGAGGCUCCCUAUACGGAUUGGACCCUGCUGCUAAGAUUUGGUACGAUUUCCUUACGGCAUUACUCCGCGAGAAUGGCUUCAAACCUAGCCCCUACGACCCUGCUCUAUGGCGCCACACGUCCCGCAAUCACCUUUAUAUGACAAUCUACGUGGACGACCUUCAUAUUAUAGCAGAGGAUCCGGCAGAUGCCGAUUGGCUAGUUGACACCCUCGCCAAUAAAUUAGAAAUAAAGGAUUUAAAAGAACCUUCAAAAUACUUAGGCAUGGAGGUUGAACGUCGCCCUGAUGGUGCUAUAAAAUUGACAUUGAGACGCUAUAUCGAUCGUUUAGUGCAAGAUUUCCGCCUAGAUGACGCCGUCCCUGUCCCUACCCCAAUACUUGAAGGGUUGAAGAUAGACGAUACCCCUGUGUGCAGAACGAGAAGGAGGGUUCACCAAAAAGCGAUACCAACACGGAGCCCCAAGAACGAGAUCGAUGAAUUCCCCAACGCGUCAUAUCUGCCGAUAGGUUAUACAGAUUCGGAUUGGGCAGGACCGUUGAACGGCGAACGCAAAUCUACUUCAGGCUUCAUAUUCAAGUUAGCAGGUGCACCAAUUUCAUGGCGUUCGUCCAAACAACCUUGUGUUUCUUUAAGUUCAAAUGAGGCAGAAUACGUGGCACUUAGCGAAGCAGUACGCGAAGCAACGUGGUUGCGCAAUAUGAUGAUGGAACUAGGAUUCGUUACAGCAAAGGACCCCUUGCCUAUCAGGGCAGAUAACAAAGGUUCAAUCGACCUAGCUACCGUUGCCGCGAUCACGGCACGCAGCAAGCAUAUCGACACUCGCUUCCACUAUUCUCGCACGCAAUUGAACGAAGGCGUUAUUUCUAUUAAACACGUUCCCACUGAGGAUAUGGUAGCAGACGGAUUAACCAAACCUCUGAGCACAGUGGCAUUUAGGCAUUUCAUUGAUUUACUAGGACUUUUCACUGGUAACAGUGAGAAUGAUUAA